AUUGUCCCUAAAUCCAUGGCCAAUUCCCUCCAGAACACCAGGGCCAUCUUCUACCUGGGAUGUGCUGCACAGGUCUUUCUGUUUGUCUUUUUUAUUUCAGCAGAAUUUUCUCUUCUCAGUGUCAUGUCCUAUGACCACUACGUGGCCAUCUGCAAAUCCCUGCACUACAGGACCCUUCAGGGCAGCAGAGCUUGUGUCCACAUAGCAGCAGCUGCAUGGGGCAGUGGGUUUCUCUAUGCUGGGCUGCAAAGAGCUAAUACCUUUUCUUUACCUUUCUGCCAUGGCAGUGCUGUGGAGCAGUUCUUCUGUGAAUUCUCCCAGAUCCUCAAGCUCUCCUGCUCAGACUCGUAUCUCAGAAAAGCCGGCCUUCUUGUGGUUGGUACCUCUAUAGCACGUGGGUGUUUUGUUUUUGCUGUGGGGUACUAUGUGCAGAUCUUCAGGGCUAUGCUGAGAUUCCCCUCUGAGCAGGGAUGCCACAAAGCCUUUUCCAUGUGCCUCCCUCAGCUGGCCAGGGUCUCCCUCUUUGUCAGAAACGGCACAUUUGCCUACCUGAAGCACCCCUCCAACUCCUCCCCAUCCCUAGAUCUGGUGGUGUCAGUGCUGUACUCCGUGGUGCCUCCAGCAGUGAACCCCCUCAUCCACAGCCUGAGGAACUAGAAGCCCAAGGAUGUUCUGAGGAUGCUGAUGAC